CUUCCAGUGAGUAGUCUCCCCAGUAUCAGUGGGUACAGGGAAGUGGUGUGUGUGGACUCGGAGAAUGUACUGGAGGUUCUGCUCCUGCCCUAUUUGUUCCUCUCUUCCAUUCAAAUCCUCAAAGUUUAGAGCUGAAUUUUAAUGUGUCUGACUAAUACUGAGUUUCACUCUUUUUUAAAGGCUGUUUCUGAUGCUUGGAAGCUAUUCUUUCAGCCACAAAGAUGGUAAUAAAUCUUUGCCUCCCACAGUUCAGACCAAGAAUUCACUGCAACAAGGUGUCAGCUGAUGGUUACGAAGUAGAAAAUCUCAUCUCUGAGGACCUCAUAAAGAGAAGCCAUGGCUUUAGGACAGAGUAUUUCAUUAGACCUCCAGUCUAUGUGACGGUUUCCUUUCCCUUUAAUGUGGAACUCUGUAGGAUUAACAUAGAUCUCACAGCUGGGGGAGGUCAGAAUGUCACUGGCCUGGAACUAUACACGUCUGCCUUAUCUAGCAGAGCCUCUCAGGAUUCACAGGAGUGCUGGACUACAGGCCUCAUGGAGCCGUCAGUCCCAAACAAGGAGACCUUCACUUUGGUAGGCAAAGUCUUACUGAAAAAUCAGAACCAUGUGGUGUUCACCCACAGGGGCUUCAAGGCCAGGCCACCUUUUAGCCCAAUGGAAGUCACACUCCUCUCUCCUGCUGUGGUAGCCCAGGAACUCUGGAAUAAAGGGGCUCUUUCCCUUAGCCAUGUGGCCCACCUCAAGAUCGGCAUCACCCACGUGACAGGCAAUGGCGUCUCUAGCAUCAAACGUUUAGAGGUGUGGGGUCAGCCAGCCAAGACCUGCUCUCAGGAGGUGAUUAACCGAGUCUUGUUGAUAGCAUCAGAAAGCCUGCCUCAGAACUUGGGUCUGCACACUCCAGCCUUGCCCAUGGAGAGUGACUGUGAUGCCGGGGGUCAGUCUGAGAGCCAGCAGGCUCCCUGCACCGUACAGGAGAUGUUUGAGGUGGUUCAUGAUGUGCCAGAGGAGUUCCUAGACCCCAUCACCCUGGAGAUCAUGCCGUGCCCCAUGCUGCUGCCCUCAGGCAAGGUCAUUGACCAGAGCACUCUGGAGAAGUGUAACCUCAGCGAAGCUGCUUGGGGCCGAGUGCCCAGCGACCCUUUCACAGGGUUAGCCUUUACUCCCCAGUCCCAGCCCCUACCUCAUCCUUCCCUGAAGGCCCGGAUCGACCGUUUCCUACUCCAGCACUCUGUUUCUGGCUGUCACCUGCUUGGGAGAGCACAGAUUACAUCAUCAAUGACCCCUUCUGUCAUUACCCUGCCCUCAAGGAAAAGGAAGCUGGAGCAGGCUGAACACAGCUCAGGCAGCAGCCCCGGCAUGCACGCUUCUAAUGCUGCCACAAGCCCUCUGCUCUCGCCCACUACCUCAGAGCCGACUGCCAAGAAGAUGAAAGCCCCCAGUGAGCCCAGCCCAACAGACAUGGACUGUUCCACAGGUCCAGUGUCCCAUGAGCAGAAGCUGUCGCAAAGUUUGGAAAUUGCCUUGACUUCCACCCUUGGCUCCUUGCCUUCCUUCACUGCCCGGCUCACCAAGGGGCAGCUCCAGCAGCUCGGCACAAGAGGGAGCAGCGCUUCUAGGAGGCCAGACCCCAGUGCCGAGCAUCCCAGGAGCGUUUCUGGUCCAGAAUGUGCCUCCUGCAAGAGAGCAUUUUCUUCCUACUCCACAAAGGAGCCUGUGUACCAGCUGCCCUGUGGCCACCUCCUGUGCCGGCCCUGCCUGAGUGAGCAGCAGCGCUCCCAGCCCAUCAUCUGCACAGCCUGCCAGCAGCCAGGCACCAGCCAGGAUGUGCUGCGGGUCCAUUUUUGAGUGGCCAGCCUCAACCAGAGAAGCCCCAUUUUGGGGGGGCUACCUGCAGGUGGAGGAAACAAAAACAGGAUCCCAGUGCCCCUGUUCUCUCCUGGGCUUGAGCACCUCAUUGUGUGUUAUGGGGACUGGGUCAGGACACCCCGUUCCUUCUUAGGCAAGAACAGGAUAAUAAAGCCAUAGGCUGGGCUGAUGAAGACAUCCUGUUCUUCUGACCCGCCUUACCACACCCAACCAGAGCCAGCCCCAACUGUUCAGAAGCACCCCUGAUGCCCAUGUUGUCUGCAGACAGCCUUCCAAUGGAGCUUUGUGGGUGGAGUCACUAGACUGACUUGGGACCUCACACAGCUCUCAAGCACGUGAGUUAGCCCUGUGUACCCACCCCUGCAGACACUUGGAGCCUUAAUAAAGUGACAGUUGACAUUGACCAGGGCUUCCUUCUGGCACACAGGACAGGACAGCCAUAUGCAGUUGCUGCCACUGGUCAGGCAGUGGUUCAGAUCUCUCCAGUGUGGGUGUGUCAGUGCCAGGGGAGGAGGGCAAGCAGCCUCUGCCAGACCAGACAUGUGUGGUUGGUCCUGCUGCCGCUUCUGAGGGAGGAGACUCCUAUUCCUUAUGUAGCCCGCUGCAGGAAAAUACUUUUUAUAGGCAGUUUUUAGCACAUUCUGUAUAUGUG